GGGUAGCAACAGUUGCUUCGAGACCCCGCGCGCCAUAGUGACUGUAGCCGUGGAGACAGUUACUUACCAACCGGCGCAACACUCAACAGCAACUGGAACACAACGAGCAAGUGAUUUGAGAGUGGAAAGAGAACACAGCCAGGGCAGAACUUAUACAAAGCAAAGGUUCCCAGCAUGCAGAGUUCAGAGGGAGGGUCCGAUUCGUCGUCCAGUGUGGCGCUGCGUACGUCCACCUCCGCCCAGGCCCCCGUGGUGCAGCCUGUCCCAGCCUCACAACAGAGGGUGCUGGUUCAGGCCACAGGCUCAGCCCAGAAGGGAGCGCAGGUGCAGCAGCUGUCAGUCCCCCGGCUGCAACAGGUCCCUCAGCAGGUCCAGCAGAUCCAUCAUGUCUACCCCUCCCAGGUUCAAUAUGUGGGAGAGGGGGGAGAAGCAGUUUACACUAAUGGAACCAUCCGGACAGCCUACUCCUAUAACCCUGAGGCCCAGCUGUAUGGCCAGGGCAGUGGAGGAGCCUAUUUUGACUCUCAGGGCGGGGGUUCCCAGGUCACAACGGUGGUCUCCUCCGCCAGUGGUGUGCCGCCCCACGGCAUGGUGGGCAUCACCAUGGAUGUGGGUGGCAGUCAGAUCAUCUCAGGUGGCAGCACCUACCUGAUCCACGGCGGGGGCAUGGAGGGAGGCCGCCACCACGCCUCACACUCCUCCCGCUCCUCCUCCGCUAUGCUUGAAAUGGCGAUUGAAAACCUCCAAAAGUCGGAAGGGAUUGCAACUCACAAAAGCAGCCUGCUCAACAGCCAUCUGCAGUGGCUGCUGGAUAACUAUGAGACAGCAGAGGGGGUGAGCCUGCCCCGGAGCUCCCUCUACAACCACUACCUGCGCCACUGUCAGGAGCAGAAACUGGACCCGGUCAACGCUGCCUCCUUUGGGAAACUCAUCCGCUCCGUCUUCAUGGGCCUCAGGACCCGCCGCCUCGGCACAAGAGGCAACUCCAAAUACCACUACUAUGGCAUUAGACUGAAGCCAGACUCCCCACUCAACAGACUGCAAGAGGACUCUCAGUACAUGGCCAUGAGACAGCAGCCUGUGCACCAGAAACAAAGGUUCAAGCCCCUCCAGAAGGUGGAUGGCAUGGGGGACAGCCUGUCAGGAGGCUCCCAGCAUUCAGCCAGCACCCCAGAGCAGUCUGUGGCAGCCCAGAGCCAGCACCACCAGCAGUACAUUGAUGUGUCCCAUGUCCUGCCCCCGUUCCCCAUCCCUGACCUGGGCACCCAGCCCCUCCCUGAACGCAUCAACAUGAACGAUGUGAAGAAGUUGCAGAACCUGUACAGGGACCACUGUGAGGCUACUCUGGAUGUGGUGAUGAACCUCCAGUUCCACUACAUUGAGAAGCUGUGGCAGACCUUCUGGUUUUCAACAGCGCCAUCUAGUGACGGAACCACCACCAUCCCCAACAGUGAUGAGGACAUGGAGGGGGUCAUCCCCAGGCAGAAGCUGAUUGCUCUGUGUAAGUAUGAGCCUGUCAAGCUGUGGAUGAGGAGCUGUGACCACAUCUUGUACCAGGCCUUGGUGGAGAUCCUCAUCCCUGACGUGCUGCGCCCUGUCCCCAGCACUCUCACUCAGGCCAUCCGCAACUUUGCCAAGAGUCUGGAGGGCUGGCUGACCACAGCUAUGAGCGACUUUCCCAAUGAGAUUGUCCGCACCAAGGCAGCGGUGGUGAGUGCAUUUGCCCAGACCCUGCGUCGGUACACCUCUCUGAACCACCUGGCCCAGGCGGCCCGCGCCGUGCUGCAGAACACCUCUCAGAUUAACCAGAUGCUCAGCGACCUCAAUCGUGUCGACUUCGCCAACGUACAGGAGCAGGCGUCGUGGGUGUGUCAGUGUGACGAGAGUGUGGUCCAGCGGCUGGAGCAGGACUUCAAGGUGACCCUGCAGCAGCAGAGCUCUCUGGACCAGUGGGCCGCCUGGCUCGACAACGUGGUCAACCAGGUCCUUAAGCCCCACGAAGGUAGCCCCAGCUUUCCCAGGGCCGCACGACAGUUCCUGCUCAAGUGGUCCUUCUACAGCUCCAUGGUAAUCAGGGACCUGACCCUGCGUAGUGCGGCUAGUUUCGGCUCCUUCCACCUCAUCAGACUGCUCUACGAUGAGUACAUGUUCUACCUGGUGGAGCACCGCGUCGCCCAGGCAACCGGAGAGACACCCAUCGCUGUCAUGGGAGAGUUCAGUGACCUUAACUCGAUGAUGCUCAUGGACAAAGACCCGUCCUUCUCAGAUGACAUGAGUGACGUAGGCAGUGACGAGGGCCGAGGGCCCAACGAGCCGGCCGUGAAAAGAGAGAGGAUCGAAAUCAACCACUCGCUGCAGGAAAUCUGAGACCGGAUGUGGUGAGGGCCAUAGCCCACUACUCCAGGAGGUCUGCUGCCGCCCUGGGCCCUGCUGGUCCUGUCAGCACACUGAGUGGCUACACAGCCAGUGUGUUCAGUGUAUAUAGAGAAGAGUACUAGGCUCAGCCCCUACCCUACCACACCUCCUAGUUAGUGUAGUUAAGGGGGGGGGAUCUUUAUCCCAGGGAAAACAAUGUAUGCUCACCAAGGGGGGCUGGUUUGACCUGACAGGGGUAUACAGUUCUAAUUUCUCUCCGUUCACUUGUUCCCGUUUUGCAACUGUGAUUCAGGAUGACUUUGUGCAGUACCGAUGUUGGAUACGUGUAACUUUGAAUGAGUGCUGUGUGUAUCUUAUCCUUUAUUAGCUGUGUAAUUCCAGUGCCUUAGAUAACUCUUUAACCGCCACUACUACAGAUGUCUAUCUCCUCCCUCAGCUGUGCCUCUACCGCAGUAUGAAUGUAUUGUUUCAGAACCUCAGACAUUCUAAAGCACCUUUAAACCUGUAGGAGUAUACUAUACAUGUUGCCUCUGUUGCUACUGGCAGCUCAACCCACAUUGAUGCAACCCACUGACGCAAAGGACUUGUCCCUCACCCAAGAGUGGCCACGCUGGUGGGAAUGUCAGUAGGCCCCUAGUCUCAUAGUUGAUUGGAAGGCAGGGACCUCUUAACACUCUGGCCAUAUGAGAUGAUUAGUUACCUCAUCCUUUUCUAUGCUCUGUUCUGUUCUUAUGAGGCAACUAUAAAAGAGCCACUUACUGUUAAUUCUACCAACUCCCCCUUACUCAAGUAACCUUUUCCAUGUAUAUAUCACUUUUCAUUCAAAUGAUAACGAUUCUAUGAUGCCGUUUGGCAGAAACUCAAUUUCAGGAUGCACACAAGUCUCAUUGAUCCAUGACUGUAGAACUUCAGGGUGUUUCUAGAUGUCACGCCCCAGAGUCUAGGACAAGCCAGUUGCCUCUUAUGUUGAUGAGACAUUUAGAUAUGUUUUAAAGACUGAAAGGAGUGUGGUGGAAUGUGUUCAGGAAACCACCAGAUUGUACAUAUAUAUGAUCUACCUUCUUGGUUAACUGGAGGUGUCUGGCAUCCAUUUUGUGGAGCUGUAUGUCUGGGUCAAGUCAAAUUUCUUAAGGGAUGUAAAAUAGUAUGUAUUUAACAAAACGUGAAAGAGCAUUGGACCCCCGAAGCCAAAACCCUUAAAAGGAAACUGUAGUUGCAUCUGUUCAGUUCAACUGAUGCUGUUUGAGUUCAGAUAGGCUCUCCCCUUACCGUUACUCAAAUGGACUCAUUCUAUAUUGAUUGGAAGGAAAUAUUCAGAAUCUCCCAAUCCAUGUUUAUUCAUUCAUAUUGCUUGAUAUGAAAAUGCUAAUAGCUUUUGAGUCUGUUGCUCUAAGAUUUUAUUAUAUAGCCGUACAAUGAUACUGUAGGAGGGCUGAUUUGUGCAAAACCAACAAACUGUUAAACUUUAAAAUAUAACUUUCUUAAUAUGAUGUAAAAAAUCUGUGUUCAUCAAUGGCCUUUUGUAUCGCUUGGUCUUUCCCCAAUCAUUUAGCUCUCCCCAUACUGCACUGUUUGUGUUUUUAAAGGGGGAUGUCCUCCUUGCUUUGAUUAUUUAGUGGCUGGGACUGAUGUGAGGCAAACGUUUGUCUUCUUUUGAUAAUUUGUGUCAUCUGGUCAACACAUCAAUAGUUAACAAACAACGUUGAUAUUUGGGGUGUAAAUGCCCUAUAAAUCGGCAGUCACUUUUCCAUAUUGAGAGAAUCUCCAUUUCUAUUUAUAAAAAAUUAUAGCUGAUUUAGGGCUGGAGUCAAUCAGUAAUGGUGUGAUUGAAAUGUUUUUGCAUUCGCGGUAAACGGUGUAUUUUGUCUGCUCAACCGGAAAUUACAACCGACAUGGAGCGUUUCUCUAAACACUUUUGGUUGAGUUCCCCCUCAGAUUUUGUAGUAGCUAUAAGAAUCCUGAGCUUGAGUUAUUGAAGGCUCUUUGUAACCCGUGCCUGUCACAGUACUUUGCCUUUAAGUGCGUUGGAAAGUCAUUUCUAUGUGUACUUUGUUUCUUGUAAAUCUGUUUUGACUUGGCUGAGGAUAAUUUUUUUAUUGAACUAGAUCUGGUUCUUCUGUAUUUUGAACCCUUAUUUUUUAUGUAUUUUUAAACCUGUUCUUGACUACACUUUACCUAGCCUGAGGGCAGACAAGUCUGUAACAAACUGCAUAGUUCAACUGUAUUUUGUACUGGUCAAUGUGUAAUAAAUUGGUAUUAUACCAUC